AUGCAUCUAAAAAAUCCCCUCCGACAAGUAAAACUUUGCCAUCUCCACAGCAUAUGGUUUUUCUCAUCUUUUGCCAGCUAUUUAGCUCAAGGAUGCGCUAGGACUGACUCGGUCGAGGAUUACAAACUACUGCGACACAUUAUCAAAAGCCAGGUCGAAAACAAUAUUUGGAGUUGUUUUCAAACGUGUAAAAGGAACGCCAAGUGUCAAAGUAUUAACUACAAUGCAGAAAAUUCCAUCUGUGAGUUGAAUAACAGAACUAAAACCGGGAAUGAAAACAAGUUUGCUCCAUUUCAAGGAAGCGUGUAUGUUGAUAACCCAUUCAGAGGCCGUAUAGGCGAAGAAAAAGACUUUCCUGGAAUUUCCUGUAAGGAAAUAAAAGAUUCUCAGCAUAACUCUCCCAACGGACAAUAUUGGAUUGACCCAUCCAACUCCGAUGACCCGUUUACAGUUUUCUGUGAUAUGCAAACAGACGGAGGCGGCUGGACUUUGAUCGCACAAACUGUAGCAAAAAAUAUGACGAAGUUAACGCCAAUGAUCAGAGAGAAAAACUACAGAAUGAUUAGCAACUACAACAGUGGAAUCGUACGAAUUGAUGUCCCUGCAAUAUUUCAGUUCAAACAGCUCACGCGCUUUACGCAGAUACGCUUCUACUGCCAUAAAAACUCCACAGGAAGGACUUUUCACAUUAUGACCAAAAACGACAUCAAUGGAGAAAGCAUCGUAAAAUAUCUGAUUGAAGAUCCCAGCAUCCAGCCAAGAGCUUGUGCCUCGUUUGAGAGGUUACCUGGGGAUAAUGCGUAUCUGUCUGUUAACUGUUUAAAAUGGGGGAAUGAUGGGACACGCGGUGAAUGUGACAAGUGGGGAAGUUUUAAAAACAAGGGCAGUUACCGUGUCUAUAACGAUCCAAUAUUCUGGGAAAACAAACAUUAUGUAAACAUGAAACCUUCUAUCUUGGCCUGUGACGAUUCCUACAGUUCUCCUGCUCCUCUUUCCUUAGGAGAUACUUGGCAGAUCUUUGUUCGUUAACCAUUUGAAAAACGGAUUAGAAACUGGAAACGAGAGAUGUUAUGUACAGGGGUUGCCGAUGGUGUUAGGGACCUUAAGUAAACCACGACGGCAACGAAGAAGUGGCAGAACAAAAUAUCUAAUUGGCUGAAUAAUAGCUCAGCACAUGCAUUUUAAAACUUUGUACAAUUCUUAGCCGUCUUCUGCCAAACAACAACGUUAAAUCACUAAAAUUUACGUUGUCCGGGAAUGGAAACACCAAGGGAAAAUUAUUUAAUUAUAAGUUUAAAUUGAAACCCAACCCCGUUCACAUACGAGAUGGUGAAGUUGAAUUGUGGCGCCGUAAGAGACAAUAAGCACAUCCAGCCAUUCACGAAAUUCUUACUAUAAAUUUAAAUUCAUUUUUAAUCGACGUUUUCUUCGCCGUUGUCUUCCUGACUGCUUAGGGUCUUUAUUAUUCGCGUCACGCGUAGACGAUGGAACUCCUGUUUGAAAUUUCGACCUGUCAAGAAUAAUCAACAGCGCCUGCUAUACAACUGAUUAUAAAUACCAUAGUAUAACACAGAUUAUAACACGUGACCUAUUUGGACUGAAACGAUAUACACAAAGUUUAGAAGCCGCGAUGGGUUCUUCUAACUCUCAAAUUGUUAUCUUCAUAGGGAGUUUGCAUUUCGAGAUAUCGUAAUUUGAUUAACGUCAGGAUUGCAACAUUCUUCUAUUACAUACUGUCUUGUCUUCUGUAAGCCAGUUUUUACAGAGGUAAAUUUACAAUAUUGACUAAGUUGAUAAAACCAAAUUAUCUUGUAAUUUAUCCCCACCGAUGCAGCAGCACAGUUUCUGUGGAAACCUCUCCGUUUAUCUAAUAGGGACCUUAAGCAAACCACGACGGCGACGGCAACGUGGACGUGGCAAAACAAAAGAUCUAAUUGGCAAAACAAUAGCUCAGCACGUGCGUUUUAAAACUUUGUACAUUUCUUAGCCGUCCUAUUUAAAACAACAACAGGAAAUUACCAAAAUCUGCGCCGUCUGCGAACGGGAACUGCGACGUUAAAUUAUUUUAAUUUACAUUCGAAACUCAACACUUCUUUUAUACGUUAUGCUGAAGAUGAGUUCUGGCCCCGUAUGAGACAGUACAAUGAUACAUGCAGCCAAUUUUGAAAUUCUAAUGAAAGGCAGAAAUUUAUUUUUUAUCGAAUUCUUCCUUGGCGUUUCCGUCCUGACUACUUAAGGUCCCUUUGUAACGUAUCGUGAGGGAUUUAAUAAACUCUGAAAGAAUAUUAAUUAAUGUUAGAACAGCUUUGUCCCUAACAAGAAACUUGCGUAUUGCCCGUUAUGUGAAUAAUUUAAUUAGUUUUUCACGGCAAUGUAAACUG